UUUCUGCUGUGACUGGACUUUUUGUGACGCUCCCUUUCAUGGAACCGAGAGACGCGCUGACAGCCGCCGCGCCUCCGCGCCUCCCUGUCAAGUCAGCAGCAGAGCAACCGCUGCCGAGACGGACAGUUUAUCACAUCAGUUCGACACCGUUCCCUGCUGCUUUUCAACCAUUCCCGGCAAUGCGUUUCGUACUUUAAUCGUGUGAUAAGGAUUUUUAGCAGAUAACCAUGACGGUGGAUUUUGAAGAGUGCAUUAAAGACUCCCCUCGUUUCAGGGCAGCAAUUGAUGAAGUGGAAACUGAUGUGGUUGAGAUUGAAGCAAAACUGGACAAGCUGGUGAAGCUCUGCAGUGGAAUGAUAGAAACUGGGAAAGCCUAUAUCAGUGCAAACAAGCUUUUUGUUAAUGGUGUAAAAGACCUUUCACAGCAAUGCAAAAAGGACGAGAUGAUCUCAGAAUGUUUGGAGAAGUGUGGAGAGAAUCUUCAAGAAAUGAUCAAUUACCACAUGAUUCUUUUUGAUCAAGCACAAAGGUCGGUCAAGCAGCAACUCCACAACUUUGUAAAAGAAGAUGUGAGAAAAUUUAAGGAGACAAAAAAGCACUUUGAUAAAGUGCGGGAAGAUAUGGAGAUUGCACAAGUGAAGAAUGCACAGGCUCCUCGUAACAAACCCCAUGAAGUAGAAGAGGCAACUGGCACCUUAAAUAUAACACGCAAAUGCUUUAGGCAUCUGGCCCUUGACUAUGUUCUCCAGAUUAAUGUACUUCAAGCCAAGAAGAAGUUUGAAAUUUUAGAUGCGAUGCUGUCUUUCAUGCACGCCCAGUAUACUUUCUUUCAACAAGGUUACAACCUGCUUGAUGAGAUAGAUCCUUAUUUGAAGAAACUUGCUGCAGAGCUGGACCAGCUAGUGAUUGACUCUGCUGUGGAGAAGCGGGACAUGGAGCACAAGCAUGCUUUAAUACAGCAGCGGACCCUGAUGCAGGACUUCUCCUAUGAUGACUACAAAGCUGAAUUUAAUGUUGACGCCCCCAAUGGUGUGGUCAUGGAAGGGUAUCUGUUCAAGAGAGCAAGCAAUGCAUUCAAGACUUGGAACAGGAGGUGGUUCUCUAUACAAAACAGCCAACUAGUCUAUCAGAAAAAGCUGAAGGAUGUUCUGACCGUUGUGGUUGAAGAUCUCAGGCUGUGUUCUGUCAAACCCUGUGAAGACAUUGAAAGAAGAUUCUGCUUUGAAGUUGUGUCACCAACAAAGAGUUGCAUGCUGCAGGCAGAAUCAGAAAAGCUUCGUCAAGCCUGGAUCCAUGCUGUGCAAGCCAGUAUAGCAUCUGCCUAUAGAGAAAGUCCAGACAAUUAUUAUAUUGAAAAACUUGAUAGGACUGCCUCUCCCUCAACUAGCAGCAUCGACUCAGCCACAGAGCCCAAAGAUCGCAGUAUCAAGGGGGACACCAUCCUUCAGCGUGUACAGGCUAUUCCAGGAAAUCAAGUGUGCUGUGAUUGUGGCCAGGCAGACCCCCGCUGGGCAAGCAUUAACUUGGGCAUUCUGCUGUGCAUUGAAUGCUCAGGCAUUCACAGAAGUCUGGGUGUUCACUGUUCCAAGGUGCGGUCACUUACUCUAGACUCCUGGGAGCCAGAGUUGCUAAAGCUUAUGUGUGAAUUAGGAAAUAUCACUGUAAAUCACAUUUAUGAAGCAGGGUGUGAGGAGCUUGGCCUGAAGAAGCCAGCGGCUUCAAGUUCAAGAAAAGAGAAGGAAGAGUGGAUCAAGGCCAAAUAUGUGGAGAAGAAAUUUCUAAAAAAGAUGGCAACUGGUGAGGUUUUAACUGACAGUGAUAAGACCAAUCAUUGGAGGGUGAAGAAAUGUCACAGAAACAACAGUUCAACCAAAGCAACAUCUAUGCGGCGGAAGUAUCGACAGGACCCUGGGAAUGUGCUGCCUGCCAGUAUUUCCUCUGCAGCUGUUCUAGAGAGGAAGUUCCGCAGAGAUUCCUUGUUUUGUCCAGAUGAGCUUGACAGCCUGUUUUCUUAUUUUGACACUGGCUCUGGGCCCCGCAGUUUGAGCAGUGACAGUGGACUUGGAGGGAGCACGGAUGGCAGCACAGAUAUCCCAUUGUUUGGCUCUGUUGUUGACAGUGUAACUGAGGAAGAAUGUGAAGUUUCAGAAGAAUCCAGUGGGGAAGCUGAGAUUGAACCAGAAACUUCAGACCCUGAGGAUGUUAGAGAACUUCAUCCUGGACUACUCAUCUACAAAGCAGCCCUGGCACAUAAUUUACCAGUCAUGGCAGAGGCCCUGGCUCAUGGAGCGGAUAUCAAUUGGGUUAAUGAUGAAGAUGAAAACAAAACUCCACUAAUACAAGCUGUAAUUGGGGGUUCUUUGAUAGCCUGUGAGUUUCUGCUUCAGAAUGGAGCUGAUGUUAACCAAAGAGACCUUAGGGGCCGAGGACCACUUCACCAUGCAACAUAUUUGGGGCACACUGGCCAAGUCUGUCUGUUUUUGAAAAGAGGAGCCAAUCAGCAUGAUGUUGAUGAGGAUGGACAAGAUCCUCUUAGCAUUGCUGUGGAAGCUGCCAAUGCAGACAUUGUAACACUCCUACGUCUGGCUCGCAUGAACGAGGAAAUGAGGGAGUCAGAGGGACCAUUUGGACAACCAGGUCAAUAUCCCAACAGCAGUCCAACUGAACAGCAGUACAGAAAGUGCAUUCAAGAGUUUAUUAGCCUUAAUAUAGAAGAGUGCUAGUAGAGCACUGCCUGCCAAGGGGACUAACAGCAGGCUUGAAAAUUUAGUUUAUAUUGUAACUACUACUGUGACAGUGGGGAAGGAAUCUUUUUUUAUUAUUUUUGAUCUUAUAUGGUGGUCAGGCCAGCCCACAAGACAGAGUAGGUCUGACAAGAAAUUGCCAGAGUUGAAUUUUUCUCUUCUAAAGUAAAAAAAAAAAAAGAAAAAAAUAGCUGAAUAAUGUUGGUGCUAUUUUAUCAGCAAUCUUUCCAAUGAAAACUGCACCACAUAGCACAUGGUCAGUUAGAGAAACAAGGUACUUUGUUGCAUUUUAUAAUAUAUAUCUAAUAAAUCACUUUUCACAACAAGCGGUUAUUUAAACAUAAAAUUUUUAACGCAGGCCUAUUAGUGCCACAUUUGGGUGGAGUGGGAUUAGAUAGCAUAAAAAUGACAACUGAUGGAUAUAGAUCAUUUGUUUGCUGCUCCAGUUUAAUACAGGAAAAAAGGGGAUAUGGAUUUUUUUUUUAACUCAACUAAACCUAAACAAGCAUAUUCUUCUUGGGUAGAGGCUGACAGUUAGUAAAAGUAUCUUUAAGUGUUUGAAGAAAUGGAAAAAGAUAAACACAUACACAUACUACGAGGAGUGUUUAACAUGAAGGUGAUUGUUCUGUGAUGCGUGUCCUUCUGGUUUACACUCCACUAUUCACACCACUGUGCAGUUUGUCAUUUGGAGGUAUUUGCAUGUGUCUGAAAGCAUUACCUAAAAGUAGUCUUGGCCAUGACCACCUGUUUUAUAUGUAAAGCAAAUGUGCACUUUUCCUAACAAUGGAUUAUUUUUAUGCUGUUUUGUUACUUGAAUGCAUACCCCAAGCCUAGCCCCAACUCCUUCUUGAAAACAUGUUGUAUUACUACUGUCUCUUUCUCUAUUUGUUUAAUUGUAAUACUUCCAGAAAACUAGUGCAAUUAUUAUGUAUAUUCCAAGUGGAAUAGUGUAUUUAUUGAUUUUUUUCCUUUUGUAACACCACAGAUGGUAUUUUUUUAAAUAGAUAUGCUUUGUUUCGUAGCCGUGUUUCAAUACAAAUAUUGCUGCUUGCAGUACUGGGAUGCUGUUGAAAAGACACAUUUAAAAAGGGACUGCUCAUAUCCCUGAAUUUUUAUUGUUGCCAUUUUGUUGUUUGAAUGAGUUAAUUCUUUUAUAUGAGUAAAUAUAAGUUGGGAAUAUACCAUUCUCAAUGUACCUUUGUGUAUCUCAGAAUCUAUUAAUAAGUAAUAUUAUGCUAGAUUAUACUUUUUUUAAUUGUCAUUGAUAGGGUUCUAAAGAAUGAGAUUACCCUUGUUUAUUCACUAUUCUUUAAUCAGUUUGUGAAUUUUAUUAAAGAUAUCGGGAAAUUUAUGUAGGGAUUUACCCCAUAAACAUAAUGAUCAGUUUUUUUUAUUUUUUACAGUGUUUCUCAUAUGACUUGGAGCACUACUCCAAUAACAAAUGAGAAACAUUAAUCACUAUGUAAAACGAAACACACAGUGCUCCGCAGAUAGUAUCUAGCUGGACAAUGUUGCUCACGGACAUGGGGUAAUCUUUUAUAGCACUUAAGGACUCAACUGCUACUUAUGCUGAAGGUGUGUUAAAUUUUAUAUAUUUUUUGUAAAUUGGGAACAGUAUUUUCUCUAACAGUAAAGUAUUAGGCUUCUAAAAAAACAUAUAAAAGUAAAGAAGAUGUAGCUUUGCAUUAUAGCUACAUGUUUCAGUCUACACCAGCAACUGAGUGACACAUCAUUCUAGAUAUUUGACAUUCCCUACGGUUCAGUUAUUGCUGAAUUGAAACAAGUACAGAAAAUUCAUGAUAUAUGAAUGUAUGGUCAAUUAUAAAGCCAUUCCCUGCACUGUAACAUGUUUUUUGUAUCGGUAUUAGUCAAAAAUGUAGAGACAACAAUAUGAACUAAAUUUAUAGAGCAUUAUGGUAUUAUUUGGCUCCAAAAGAUCUUGCAACCUAAAAGUGUGAGGAAUCGUUUAGAUUAUUAUUCUUCCAGCUCAUGCUCAGUUGAUGGAAAUAGAAAAUGUGGAUGUCAUUAAUGUAUAUAACUAACAUCAAUGACCAACUAAGUAUAGAUGUACUAGUUUAAAAACUCCAUGGCAUUAUGGUUUACUUUAUUUUUAGGGAACGGCAUGACUGCUCCCUAGAUAACUAUAUUGCUGUCCUGAAAGACAAUUGCUUCACUACAAUUUGCAUUAAUAUAUUUCUUGAAAAUGGAUUACACAUUGGGUUUUUUUUAAUGAGUAACUUACACAGUCCAAAGGCAUUUUGCCUGAUUGAAUAUGAAAUGUAAAAUAGCCUAGUAUGAGUAAGUAUACUUUAGACGUGUGCAUGGACUAGUGUUCUUUCCAGGAUUGGUUCUUAUAUUAGUCAUCUCAUUUGGGAAAUUUUCCAGUUCACUGAAUACAGUGUAAUGGAAAAAAUAUUUCAGAAAAUGGAUAAAUGAAUGAUUUUGGGUUGCUUGUCUGUUUAGUCUUUAACUUUGAAACAGUCCAGGACUAUAUACUUCUGGUCAUUUUUGUUUUUUGCUGCUGCUCUUUAAUAUUUUCUUUCAACUGUUGAUCAUGUACCAUCAUCAGUCUGACUUGUUUUCAGUGUCAUUUAGCCUUUAGGGAAAUUCUUUUCUACAACUUGUAAAUUUUGUUAUUUAUCUUUCAAAUCAAUUAACGCUUUUUUCUUCUAACCAUGUUGACCAUCAUCUGAGCGUAAUGGAUUAUGAAUUGUUUUAUUAACAGAGGAAGUGUAUAUAUGCUUUAUGUCCCUGCUUUUUGGCCACUACUUGUACAGAAUAUAAUACUUACAUCCUACAGCUGUUCUUUAAUGCUAUAGCAUUGUAAGGCUAAAACACCUAUGCUGAUUAAAGUGACUACAGGAAUUACAGAAAGCUCAAAAUUUGUACUACUGGCAGAAUCUUUGCUUUGAUAAUUCCAUUGUUAAUCUCGCAAGACAACAAUGGGCACACUAUUUGUUAUAAUGAAGCAUCAGCACAGUUGAAGGAAACGUGGUGUGGUGUGCUGGCUGGUGCUGAAUCUGAUUUGACAUGCUACAAGUUUUUUUGUGUAGGUCUUGAUUAGAGUUUGCACAUGCAUCCUUUCUCCAGUGUUGUCUGGUGCCAUAUUUGUGAAGUGUGGCCCACAAAGGCAGAUUCCUUUUGUUUAAAGGCAGUUUUUUCACCUAAUUAAUUGCAACUGUUGUUGUUUAAUUGGUUUUUCCAUGUCUUAACCUUUUUCCUAUCUAGUAGAUUUCUGUUUUAUAACUCAUAUUUGUUGUGCACUAAUGCAAAUUUAUAUUUGUAAACAUAUUUGGUUUUGAUUUUCAGAUGACAGCAUCUCCAAAUGUUCACUUUAUCCUUUAAAACUUUUCACUUCUUGCUAUCUAUGUGCAGUUAACAAUAAAAUUUUUACUUUGUUAAUGUGUUUGAUGAAAAGCCCUUUUGAAGGUUUUGUCAUCGCACUAAUAAUAUACUAAAUGUUGUUUAUUGUGUGUGCAUGUAAAGCAUAUUAGGUAAACUUUUACAAUUUAGAAUCAAAAUCUGGAUAUCCAGAGAUGUGUUGCUUUUUGCCAAAGACACUUUGAAGAGAGAAGUAAGCGUACAGUUCUGAAUGAAGCUGCUUCUGCAUUAUUUGCAGGGCAUUGGUUCAGGAUCAGAUAACCAUAUGAACAAAAAAAUAUAUAAAGACACAAGUAGUUACUGUGAAAACCGUUUUAAAACUUGUGUUUUAAAAAUAAAGUUAUUUAGUUACCAAAAUUUAAAUAACUCAGUUUCCUUCAGCAUUACAGAGCAGGAAGUGUGUUUUGAAACUUUUAUUCUUUACCAGUGACCAAAAUGGUUAACUUGUGGAUUAGGCUAGCAAAUACAUUUAGCAAAGUGUUAAAAAUUAAUUUAAACAAAAUGCUUGUUGAAGUUGUGAAUAUGCAGCAUUAUAACUUUUUAUUUUCUUGUCUGCUUUUUACUUUAAAAAAAAAUACUGUGAUAAUCUUGCUUUUGCCAAUACAAUCUGUGCUGUCAGUAUCGUCAAUUGACGUGAUAUUCUGCAUCUUAAUAUUUCUUUGUAUAAUUUACACUGCUGCUUAUAUGUCUGCUUUUUCCUACUGUCUUUUGAAACACUGAAAAUAAAAAAAAAUCUUGACAAAGCUUUCUCUCUAUUUCUUUUCUUGACUGAACUCAUCUUUUCUUUUCUCUGAUUGUAUUAACUCAUUUACCAGUCUGAGCAAACUGAAGUCUGCAAUAAUUUGUAAAUUACUCCAGAUAUGGUAAACUGUUAAAACAUGGCUUAUAGAGUAUAGCUGUACAUCUGCUUUGAUAUGAGUGUACUUAAAAAAUACAAGCAAUAUCAAGAAAACAUAACUCUUUGGAACAAAAACAGAUUUAAAACAUUUAUUUCGUAAUUAUUGUCUGACUCACGUGUACAAGGUUUCCAUAAAAUAAUGGGUCCGAUUCAGAAUGUUAUAAUUCAGUAAACACUAAACAAAAGGCCUAAUAUUUGUAUGAAAAUAAAGUAGAAAAAAAUCAAAUAAGUUUCAGAUAGUCAAGACUAUUCUUCAUUCUGUCCUGGUGUCUUGUUGAUCACUACAGCUAAGGCAAUUCUUUAAAUUAGCUGGUUUCUGUCACAGGCUUUUGCAGCAAAGACAAUGCUUUUCAUGUACUCAUGCAAGAAAAAAAGCAGCAGUGUUAGAUCUGGAUUCCUGGGCAGUUAUCCUACUUUUGGUUCAGUGAUUUACAUCUAAUAAUGUUUAGAAUAAUAUCAAAUUUUAAGACUACAGAAUAUUGUUGAGCUGUAAUGUUUUCAAAGGCCUCCAUUGAUUUAUGUAUUAUGUGCAUUUAUGUGUGUAUAAUAGAUACAUACAUAGCUUUACUCAUGGUGGAAUAUAACUUAGGAUAGUAUUAGGGUAUAGUUAUUAAAAAUGUGUGUCUCCCUUUUUUCAACCAUGCAAUAUCAUAUUUCUGGUUAAUAUAUGAGAUUUAGUCUGGAAUAUCCCUAUCCACUCAACUUUAUCUUUUUACUAACCACAAUAUGAAGGUUUAUACAGUAGUUUACACAGUUAUCAAAAUAUGUGUAUAGCCACAACAUAUAACCUGGACUAUGUACAGGAAGGCUACACAUCAAGUUAUCAACCACUGUCAGUACUUGACUACCAGAGGAAUAAAAUGUUUAUUUUUGCUCUGGCUAAACAUUUAAUCAUAAGCUAAUUCUGCCUUCUACUUGUAAUUCUUUCUUCAUAAGGGUUCUUGUUUCUCUGCUAAUUGCAUGUAAGAAAUGGGUUAUAGAUUUGCCUGUGCAAGGCUGCUGUGACUGGUGAAUUCCAUUUAAGCCACACUUCUUUAUUUCAGCUGUUUACUUAAUUUGGCAUUUGUUCUGUGUAUCUUGUCUGUGUCUGCUGAAAUACUAAUCGUAUAUGUUGUUAAAUCAAAAAUAUAUCUGGAUAGCAUGAAUGCCUCCAAACAGGGUGCCACAUUCAGUGUACUGAAAAGUCCUUGACUAGAAGUGAUCACAUUUUUAGAAAGUAAUAUUGUGGUUAGUCCUGCUGUUUCGCAGCUCCAGAGUGUUAUGUUCAAAUUCCAGCCCAAGCACUCUGAGAAAUGUGCAUGUUUCCCCAAGUCUGCACAUAUUUCUCUCAGGGUAUUCUGGUUUUCUUGCUAUACUCCAAACAUGUACAUGCUAGGCUAACUGAUAACUCUUAACGUGUCCUUUAUGGGUGAGUACUGGUACUCCUUUAAGGUUUGGUUCUCACCUAGCACCAAGUGCUUUUAGGGAUAGGUUAAGCUUCUGUAAACCUAAACCUAAUUAAAAAGAUUAAAUGAAGGAUGGAUUGUUAGUUUUAGAAAGUCACAUCAUAUCUGAAUAUUAGAAUUUUUUUUAAUAACUAGAAGGAACAAAAUAGAUAAUAUGUUUGUGUGUUAAAAUAAAAUGUAUUACCAAAGUUGAUAGAAUAAUGGUCAACGAACUAAAUAGUGUACAGAAAUCCUGGUUAAGAAAGACACUGACUACUGUUGAGCCAUGAGUCAUGGUCAAUAACAGG